GACGUUCGGUCACUUUGGCCGGGCUAUAACAACUGAUAAUGGUUGCGUAAAUGAAAUAUGGGCUUGCGGUAACAGUGAUAAGCAUGAAGUUAUUAGCAAAUUUUACCAUAAAUACCUGCAGACAUAUAGGAUACCGUGGUGUCAUUUCGCCGGCCUAUUUUUGCUCGAGAAAAAUGGCGUCUGAAGUGGAGAAAGCGCAAUCCGCUGCUCCGGGUGGCGACACGAUAUUCGGGAAAAUACUACGUAAAGAAAUCCCAUGCAAGUUUAUUUACGAAGACGACCAGUGUGUUGCAUUUAACGAUGUAAAUCCUCAAGCACCUGUGCAUUUCCUGGUGAUUCCAAGAAAACCGAUCGAGCAAUUAUCCAAGUCUGCUGAUGAGGACGAAAACCUACUCGGUCACUUGAUGAUCGUUGCUCGCAAGGUUGCAAGGCAAGAAGGCUUGAAGAAUGGAUUUCGUUUAGUUAUCAACGACGGAAAGCAUGGCGCACAAUCUGUGUUCCAUCUGCAUUUACACGUUCUCGGUGGUCGGCAGAUGCAGUGGCCACCUGGUUAAUGUAGUAUUGCGUUGGUGUGGUUAAAUAUACAAACGUGACUUCAGUUACCAAUUACCUUACUAUUAAUCAAAUUUGACGGAAUAAAAUAUUAAAGACA